AUGAGUAUCUCGCAUCACUCAGGGCUAGAUGGAUGGAACAAGUCCCGUUUCGAAGCUUUCACAAAACUCCUUCUGUUAAGGAGUGGUAGGCAAGUUGAAGAAGCCUCGGGUUUCAUUGAUAUACCCAGCGAGGCGAUAGAGACAUCCGAUUUGGAAAGCAUUGACUCGGCCAACGUCAACAUAUUAUCCGAAUUCAACCAAGACAAACUGAAGAGAGCUUUUCUUGACAGAAUAUCCGAGCUUGUUGCCAAUGAAAAAGGAGGCGAACAUGUCGCGUCGUCACUAAUGAUCGAGUGGCCCGAUAGAGUCGACAUUCUAGUGUCAAGAAAUGCUGGGCACAAGGAGCAUGCGUCGAAUAUCGAAAUGCUAGAGGUUAUAGCGUCGAAUCUGCGUAAAAUCUCUAUGCUUGAUCGCCGAGGUCGGCCUCGGCUAGACUUCUACCUUAGCGAAGCUAGGCAAGCUUUCAAGAAAACUGACUUGAGUGUCCCCGAAGGUUUACCUCCGGAUUUGCAUGAUCACCUGUCGUCUGUUCUCUCGCACCUCGAGGACUUCCGGGUGUUAAUAAAUGAUGCAUCACACUUAUCCACACAGGAUGGUCUCGAGGAAUCGGUUCACAGAGCUUAUGUUAUCUGUCGCAAUUACAACGAGCAUGAUUUCGACAAUCUUUCGGAUAAAGCUUCCAAUGGCAAGAAGCUUAGAGACGUUCUUGCCUUUUUAGGCAGGCUAAAUACGUGCUUCAAAACUUUGAUUAGAGCUGCAGAACGACUUCCAAACUUUCGUGCCCUCCAGAUCUUCCCGGUGACAGUUCUACCUACUGGUAGACUGAAGUCGAAAGGGAACCCAAAGCAUCGCUGGUCACUUGCGAAGACUUUCUCCGCACUGGACCUCAGCCUGAAUGACCGAACGGUGCAAUCGCUUUUCAAGAAUACGAAAAAGAAGAACCCCUGGACAACAAGAAGAUUACUCCAAAAGUUUGACGACCUGAAAUCGCCCGUUUUCCAGGUACACGCAGAAGUACAGUUGUUGCUAGCUGCAACCCGGCAUGAUUGCACAGGGGCAUCCACUUUCAACUAUGUGGGCUGCAUUCCAUGGCUUGCCAAAGGCAGCUGCUUGCGGCUUGUCGAGAUCCUCGAAGAUAUUGAGAAAGACAUGAAAAGUUCUUUCCUUGAUAGUCAUAACCAAGAGCUUCGACAAGCUCAAGAGUCCACUGUUGGAGGCUCCUCCAUGGCGACCGUAACACAUCAUUCUGACAAUCCCUACAUCAUGUCGCUCGUCUCGCAGCAUCUUGAAGUUCAACGAGAGAACAGAAUACCUGAAAUCAGAAGCAGAGACAAUAUCCAAACCCUGAGUCAGGAUUUGGCGAGCGAUGAUCUAUUUGACACUGCUAAUGUCCCAUUCCUCGCUGAGCAAAAAGAAAAUAUUGAUUCGGCGGCGAUACCAGAGUUCACACCCGCGCGAGAGGAAUGCGAUUCAUGCGGUAAAGAGACUUAUCGCCAUUGUGAGCACUGUAACCGAGAUUGGUUUUGCAGUCAGAGGUGUCAAGAUAAGAUGUCUUUGGCUCACCUUGCCAAGUGCUCUGCGCGCUCAAUAACAACUGCCGACAUACUAUUUGACGAUGUCAUCAAAGAUAAAUGUCCAAAGGACGAAGAAACCCGCCAGGCGUUCGGAUUCAGCCGAUGUUCCCAUUGGAUGGAAGAAUCUCAUCUUCUAGGCCUUUACCGUGGUCUUCUUCUAUACCCGAAAGACCCCGAGAUAAGUCCGGUUACGCUGAACCAAUGGCAAAAGAACGGCACGCUUACGAGCGAGAUCAUUGAGAGGUUUUGUGUCGUGCCCGAACUUCCUCAGCUUCAAGGCCGAGAAAACCCUAUCCUGAAAGCUCUCGAUGCUGCAAGGCCUUACCUAGAGCCAGGAGAUCGCGACAAAGAUCUCAGUGAGCUUCAACCUAUAGAAAAGCGGUAUUGUUUCGUCUUCUACGCUUUAGCUCUGGAUAGCUCAAGCCCGAACCCGAAUUGGGUUGAAUAUGACUUGUGGUACGAUUUUGGGUUUGCUUUAUGCACCGAUGAACACCACGAGAAGACUCUGGGCACACUCUACAGCAAGCUUGUUGGUGGUAAUAAAUAUUUCAGAGACUACGAGAGAAGUCUCGGGGUUGUUUCUAAUCGCCCUGCCAACUUACCUACCUGCUCCUUUGAUGAGUUUUGGCGGGCAUGGCGGGAUGGCAGUAUGGCAGAUCUAUUCGACAAGUACGGUAUUGGCGAUGAAUUUGAUAGGGGCACCAGAGAUCUAUUGGGACGCGAAGUUGGAUUUCAUCAUUUGAGAGAGUUUAUGGCCUUUCCCGUGGAAAAGCAUGAACUACGCCCUUCGGUGUGGAGACUCAAGCACCUCUUAGCCUUGGAUCACAACACGCCUUUAAGAGGCUUUCCCAAGAUUGAAGAAGCUUCACAGGAGUAUGGCUUCGCGCCGCAGCUAGAUCCAAGAACAAGGAUCGAUUUGCGCCAAUUCUACACACAGCUGCUUAAUGCAGGCGAUCCGCUUGACGUCCACAGGGCUAAGGAGAGCGGAAAACUGCUGGAAUAUGCGGAGAGCCUGUUAAUACUUGCCGACGAAAGAGUAAGAGAUUUGUUACGAAAAAUGGACUCAACCAACAAGAACGAUGACAAACAGGGGCAUUGGCCGUAA